GUUGAAAUGCGUGACUGAUCAAAACAAAACAAAACAAAAUCAUAUCCAUUUCCAUUUGCAUUUGCAUGCACAACAAUCAACAAUGUUUUUGUUUAAGAAAGAAAGAAAGAAAAAGAAAAAAAUAAAAUAAAAGCGCUGUCUUCUGCUUCUGCUGCUGCUGCUGCUGCAACUGUCCAUGCCCUCUUCCCAACGCGUGUCAAUUAAGAUUGCUUCUUAAUAAUCUUCUCUUCUUCAUCCUUUUGUUAGCUCAAACAAAACCCAUGAAGGGUUUUACUUCAUUUCGAGGGUUUGCUGUGGCUAGCUCUACUCCUCACACUAAGUAGACACUAGUACUAGACUAGUACAUACAAGGAUGGAGGAUCCAAAUGGGGAGUGGGAAAUUGUGGAUUAUCCAUCCAAUGAUGAUGAUUUUAGUGAAGGGAAAAUGGGUUGGAUUUUGAACAAGGGUCUGGGACUUGGAAAGAAAAUUCUUAUUACUGGGUUUGUAAUGUCCUCUGCACCUUUGGUCAUUCCACCGCUUGUGGUGAUUUCUGCAAUUGGGUUUGUUGCUUCAGUCCCAUCUGGGAUUUUCUUGGCUAGCUAUGCUUGUACUGAAAAACUCAUGAAUAAGCUUCUCCCUAUGCCUUAUAGAGAUGGAGAAGAUUACUAUAUUGACAUGGAAAAGGAGGAAGAUGAGGAAAGAAAGGAUAUACAAAGAGAGGUAAAAACGAGAAUUGAAUUGGAAGAUGAGAAGGCUAGUAAGGAUGAAAAUGAAGGGGCUGAUUAUGUGGAAGGAGUUAAAGGAAAUGCAGUAGAAAUUACUAUAGAGGAAAAUGGCCAUGAGGAAGAUGUGGAGAAGGAAAAACCAGAAGAAAACUCGGUGGUGGAAAGUAAAAAUGACAAGAAGGAAGAUCAGUCCAUGGUAGAUGAACGCCAAAGUAGGAAGGAAGAGCCAGUCAAGGCAGAGGAAGCUGUGGUUUUGAUUGAAAGUGAGGCUGAUAAUGAGAGUAGAGUUACAACGGUUGAAGAAACCAGGGAAGAAGGAAAAGCUGAUAACCAGAAAACUGCUCAAGAAUCUUCAACCUCCAAAGGAGAUCAAAGUGGAUAUAAAACUGGUGAGCUUCCUGUUUCAAGUGGGGCUGAGGUUAAAGAUGCUGGAAGCACUUCUGAAAAAGGGGCCAAAAGUGCGCCCUCCGGUGAGGCAAAGAAGAAGAAGAGUGUGAAAAAGAAGCCACAGCAACUGCAGGAGCAGCAGCAGAAGGUUUCUGAUAUUGAGGAGGAGAAGAUAUGGGAACAGAUUGACGCUGUAAGAGGUAUAGUUGGAUACAAAGCCACACCCCAAAAGACAAGUAUAGAAGAAGUUAGAGCUCUCUACAUCUUCACUGGUGUGGAGCCCCCAGCAUCCCUUGAGGAACACUCCGAUCUGGCUCAAGUUGACAGCAAACUCCAGUGUCUUAUGUCCAUAAUAGGAGUUAAAUAGGAAUAAUAGUUACUCUGCUUUUGUUUUGGUUUUAAUACAAAGAUAUUGUUUUCACGUGUCUUGUUAAUUUAGAUUUUUUUUUUGGUCAAUGAUAGGACCAGUUUAAUGGGAUUUUUUUAUAAAUAAUUUGCGUUGUCGUAUGUGUUCUCUUAUGACAAAAGUUCUUAAUUUAUAUUUUAUUAGUAUUUAUAUCCUAAUAUUUUUCUCUUAUAGAUAUAUAUUUUCUUACAAGUUCUCUUAUAGAUAUUUGCAGCAAUAAUAUUUGUACU